UUUAACAGUUGAAGACAUGGAGGGCGUCGUGACUUCUUCGCACAACCGAUUCGAUAUUUUGGCCGCGACGGCGCAACGAGCAUUGCAGCUACUACAACAACAAGAAGAAGCACAACGGCAAGAAACAAAGAUGCAGACUGAGAAAAGGAAAAGAGAACGUAGGUCUACAGAAUAUGCCGACGGUGAAGGAGAACCCACCGCCGCCCGGAGGAAGAAGCCCAAACAACACGAAGAAGCGCAACGGCAAGAAACAAAGAUGAAGACUGCGGAAAGGAAAAGAGAACGUAGGUCUACAGAAUAUGCCGACGGUGAUGGAGAACCCACCGCCGCCAGGAGGAAGAAGCCCAAACAACACGAAGAAGCCCAACGACAAGAAACAAAGAUGAAGACUGCGGAAAGGAAAAGAGAUCGUAGGUCUACAGAAUAUGCCGACGGUGAAGAAGAACCCACCGCCGCCAGGAGGAAGAAGCCCAAUACUCGUAAGAAUAAGAAGCAGCCCGUGGAUGAUGGGCCACAACCACCGCCGCCAUUGCCGGAAAGAUUCAAGAACGUAAUCCGAGAAAUAUCAGGAGGAAGGAUUGUCUCCGAGGAGACGUUAGUGAUACAGAAGGCAUUAUUUCAGACGGAUUUGAACUCGUCCCAUAACCGGUUGUCCAUCCCGUUCAGUCAGAUUAGCCACCACGGUUUCUUGACGGAUGAGGAGAAGAAAUUUCUGCGCUGUCGCGAGGGGAAGGGCAAGAAGAAGCACAAAGACGUGACGAUGAUCGAGCCAUCGCUGAAAACACGGACGGCGACGCUUAGCAGGUGGGAUAUGCCCAAGGAGAAGGGGAAGAUGUCGUCGAUUUACGUGAUCCACGGACCCUGGACAUCCAUUGUGACUGGGAAUCAGCUGAAAGUUGGGAUGGUGGUUCAGCUCUGGGCUCUGAGGAUCGGGGAGGAGUUGUGUUUCGCUCUGGUGAAUCUGACGGGAGAGGGUGCUGCUUGAACUGGUUAGUUAGUUGUUUCUGGUAUGUACAUGAUGUUUGUUAUGAUUAUUGCAGCAGCAGCAGCUUCACCACGAACAGAGCACCUGCAGGUUGAAGACGCUGAGCUGGAUGACACCGAGGCGCCAACGUGGAUAUUUUGUGUCGUUUUUUCUGUAUUUGCACUUUCACUUUAAUUAGUUAGAAACACGUUUUAUCUCGUUAGUUAGCAGCAGUUGUGUCUCUGUUAGUCAUCUUCUUCUUUGUAUGUAAAAACACUACAGCACCAUUCUUCUUGGGUAAUGAAUACAAGUUCUGGUAUCUUUCAUUCCCUU